GGACCGCGCUCUGGGCGCGCGAGGCAGAGACUGGUGGCCGGGCCGGGCCUGUUCAGCCGGCCCGAGGCUCGCAGACCUGGGACCCGGCAGCCUGGCCCGGCGCCCACUGGGACGCUUAGGAGGAAGAGGAAGGUCCAGGCCCUGUUCCUUCGGGACGCCCUGGGCGGGCCCUCUCCGCGCCCGGCCGCACAGCGCGCUCUUUUUCUGGCCCUGGGCAGGCAGCUCGGCUUGGGCCUGCCUCGGGUAGUUGCUGAGUUGCACAAACAGCUCUGCACGCCGGGUGGCCCGCAGUGGAGACCGGCAGCGACCCGCUGAGCCCGGAACGGGGCUGGCUGCAGGGCGGGAGUCUGCACGCUGUGACCUGGAAGAAUGAGUAGCAUUUUUGAGGCUGUAGGGAAAGCCGGCGGAGGAGGGGCUUCCCUCACUGCUGUAGCGGUUUCCGGUUUGCCACAACUAAUAUUAAACUUUGAAUUAUCUCUUGUCUGUUGGCGCCAGGGUUUCUUGUUGCUCCCGUGUUACAGAUGAAGAAACAGGGCGUUGUGAAUCCAGAUUUAGUUCUUUAGUAACUGUGUGACCUUGGGCCAGAAAGUCAACCUACGCUGUCAUUUUUCUUAUUUGUGUAAUGGAUAUAGUAAUAGGAUUUGCUUCAUGUGGUUGUGGAACUCAGCAUCAGUUAAUGCAUUGAAAGGGUUUAGCACAACGCCCGACACGACUAGUAGGAGAGGAAGUGCAAAUUCAUCAGCUACUGUAACAUCAGGGUACUCAUUGGAUUCUCCAUAACCCGUCUGUGGAAUACACUUCCCUUCUUGUGGACCCCAGUUUAGAAGUCUGACUCUAAAGCAUUUAGAAUAAAACUUAAAAAGUAUGGCAGGAUUUCUAUAGUAUAUCUAAUAUGAGUCCCACAUCUUGGCCUCUUACCCAGCUUCAGCAGUCUCAGCUCCACUGGCUGGAGAAUAAAUGGGAUUUGCACAAAUUCCAAACAGAACUGAAAUUCAGACUGCAGUGUUAAUAUCAUUUUCUUCUGGUUGUUAUUAACAGAACAUUAAAUGUCGUCAGAAGACCGAGAAGCUCAGGAGGAUGAAUUGCUGGCCCUGGCGAGUAUUUAUGAUGGAGAUGAAUUUAGAAAAGCAGAGUCUGUCCAAGGUGGAGAAACCAGGAUCUAUUUGGAUUUGCCACAAAAUUUCAAGAUAUUUGUGAGCGGCAAUUCAAAUGAGUGUCUCCAGACUAGUGGCUUUGAAUACACCAUUUGCUUUCUGCCUCCACUUGUGCUGAACUUUGAACUGCCACCAGAUUAUCCAUCCUCCUCCCCACCUUCAUUCACACUUAGUGGCAAAUGGCUGUCACCAACUCAGCUCUCUGCUCUCUGCAAGCACUUAGACAACCUGUGGGAAGAGCACCGAGGCAGCGUGGUCCUGUUUGCCUGGAUGCAGUUUCUUAAGGAAGACACCCUAGCAUACCUGAACAUUGUCUCUCCUUUUGAGCUCAAGAUGGGCUCUCAGAAAAAAGUGCAGAGAAGGACGGCUCAGGCCUCUUCCAAUACAGAACUAGAGUUURGAGGAGCUACUGGAUCUGAUGUAGACCAAGAGGAAGUUGUGGAUGAAAGAGCUGUACAGGAUGUGGAAUCAUUGUCAAGUCUGAUCCAGGAAAUCUUGGACUUUGAUCAAGCUCAGCAGAUGAAAUGCUUUAAUAGUAAAUUGUUCCUGUGCAAUAUUUGUUUCUGUGAGAAGUUGGGUAGUGAGUGCAUGUACUUCUUGGAAUGUAGGCAUGUGUACUGUAAAGCCUGUCUGAAGGACUACUUUGAAAUCCAGAUAAAAGAUGGCCAAGUCCAAUGCCUCAAUUGCCCAGAACCAAAGUGUCCWUCAGUGGCCACUCCUGGUCAGGUCAAAGAGCUAGUGGAAGCAGAGUUAUUUGCCCGUUAUGACCGCCUUCUCCUCCAGUCCACCUUGGACCUGAUGGCAGAUGUUGUAUACUGUCCCCGCCCAUGCUGCCAGCUGCCUGUGAUGCAGGAGCCUGGCUGUACCAUGGGCAUCUGCUCCAGCUGCAAUUUUGCCUUCUGUACCUUGUGUAGGUUGACCUAUCAUGGGGUCUCUCCAUGUAAGGUAACUGCAGAGAAAUUAAUAGAUUUACGAAAUGAGUACCUGCAAGCAGAUGAAGCUAAUAAAAGAUUUUUGGAACAGAGGUAUGGUAAGAGGGUGAUUCAGAAGGCCCUGGAAGAAAUGGAAAGUAAAGAGUGGCUGGAAAAGAACUCAAAGAGUUGCCCAUGUUGUGGGACUCCCAUACAGAAGUUAGAUGGAUGUAACAAGAUGACAUGUACUGGCUGUAUGCAAUAUUUCUGCUGGAUUUGCAUGGGUUCUCUGUCUAGAGCAAACCCUUACAAACAUUUUACUGAUCCCGAUUCCCCAUGUUUUAACAGGUUGUUCCAUGCUGUGGAUGUUAAUGGAGAUAUUUGGGAAGAUGAGAUUGAAGACUAGUUAACUCUUUCUGCUCAUAAUAUGGAAAUGGAAUGGUUUGCCCUAAUCUUGUCAAGUGUACAAAGUAACUUUGCAGGAUAUUUAGGGUACCAUGCAUUCAUAGAAGAUAAGGAAGAGCAAGGUUUAUAUUUUCAUUUGGUACUACUGAUUAUGGCACCUUCAUACAUUUUUCCAUGUAUCAUAAAUUGAUAAAAUUAUAAGCCAAAGGUUCAGAAAAUGAAAAUUACAGAAUAUUAAAUAAUAUAAUAUGCCCAAAGCUCUUUUUAACUAAAAAGUAAAUAUUUAUUUUCUUCCCCAAGCUUUAGAUAAGGAGAAGGGUCAGGAAUUAAACAUAUAGACCUGUCUCCAAGGAGCAUCCCUCUGAGACAUUCUGUUGGAGCCCACUCAGUACUCCUAACAGCUGGGGUGGGUAGAAGCCUUAUUAAAAUCGUACUGAGAGCCUGAUCCCAUUCACUACACAUUACUCACAUUCCUUCCAACUGAAAUUUCUGCUAAGUUCUCUUUGGAGGAAGCUUUUUGCUCUAUGACUGGAUGGCCCAGUGUUAUUUUGAUUGAUGCUUUUUAGAAUUUAGAAAUUUAUAAUAAUUUAAGAAAUAUUUUUCAGUACCACAAACACUGUGGGUGGCUUGAUAUUUAUGAGUGAUAUAUAUAGUUCACUGAUUUUGAGCCAAAUCUAUAAUGUAAUGAAACUGAUGUGGGAGAAUUUCUACCCUAUUCUACUUUCCUGGGCAGUAGAGCUUGGAUUUACCUUUUUAUUCUACAUUUUCUCCUUUUACCCUCCCCCUGCCUUCUGUUGCAAGGACAGUUUUAAUAUUAAUUCCAGCAGCACACAUUUUCCUCUGCAGAAACAAGAGAAAGCCUAAUGUAUUCUCAAGCUGAACAAGCUGAAUGUUCUUUAAUUAUCUGGUUUUUGAACCUAUAUAYAUUACUGUAGUUCCAGCCCUAACCUGAGUUCUUUUUAAAGGUCUUCUCUAAUGAGCUAUGGGAAUUUGGCUUUUUUGCAACAGCAGUGCUUUGGGUGAUAAUUUUGGCUUGAUACCUAGAUUCCUAUUUCUGGAUUUUGUUGGCUUUUUGGAAAAUUGUUUUUCCUUAUGAUUUGGUGAGUGGCUAG